UUCCUCAGUUCACUAUAUAACCACACUUGCUUCACCCAUUAUCAUUACUGCAUUUAUACACUGGUGAACAUGGAGAUGAGGAAAUCAUGUGCCAUUUUCUUCUUGCUCCUUCUUCUGGUCUUUGCUUCCCAGGUGGUGGUGCAGACGGAGGGAAGAGUGUGCGAGUCACAGAGCCACGGGUUCAAGGGUCCGUGUAAUGGAGACCAUAACUGUGCUCUGGUAUGCAGGAACGAAGGUUUCUCCGGUGGCAACUGCAGAGGCUUCCGCCGACGAUGCUUCUGCACCAAGAUCUGCUGAGUGAACACAUCAAACAUGCAUCUCACUACCAAAUAAAUCACAUGCAUGUACUCUUUCACUGUCAUCCAUUUGGAAAUGGGACCGAUUUCCAGUAUUUUCUACUUAGACACCAUUUGCUUAUGAGUUUGUUCAGCCUUUAUAUUUAUAAUUAAUAAUUAAUGCUUCUUGGUUACAUCCUUGUUGCAUUACAUAUGUC